AUGCCUCAGUCUCAGCAGUGCUUCCAGCAAAUCGGUGACCGACCGGCAAGCGGCACGAAAGCGGAGUCAUCAGUUUGGGACUUGCAUCAGAUGACUAUUGAUUUUCAAAAACACCUCCAAAAGCCUAAAGAAAAAAAAAAUCGAAGCUAUUAGAGAAGCUGAGGAAAGAAGAAACGACACAGACCAGGACAUCAAAACCUUUCUGAAAUAGUUACAAAAAGGACGAACGGCGUUCCAGCGUUGAAUCAACUUUCCUGAAUAUCUGCAAGCAUCGCCAUGACUGCAUCAUUGCUCCAGAGCGCUAAAAGACACUUCAUUGCUCAUCAUCGACGAAGCCGCCCAGUUAGCCCCUGCAAUGAUUCCGGAAAGAUUGAAGUUCAUCCAUGAGAAAGCUCUUCAGAAGUCCUAUACGAAAAGAGGAAAAAACAGCAUCUAA